AUGGAUUAUGCUGCAUUUGGUGAUGUAUUGGUAUUUGAUAUAACUUAUCGUACAAAUGCAUAUAAGAAGCCAUUUGUAAUUCUAGUUGGCGUGAGUAACCAUUUUUUGACAACUAUAUUUGGAUGUGCUUUGUUUCCUGAUAAGACAAUGGAGACAUACACGUGGGUGUUGGAAAUUUUAAUGGAGGCCAUGGAUGGUACAAGACCUAUCUCUGUUGUAACAGAUGGUGAUAGAGCAAUGCGUCAGGCAAUCAAAAAAGUUAUUCCAAAUUGCAGACAUCGUUUAUGUUCUUGGCAUUUGGAGAAAAAUGCCUCAACAAAUGCCCACAUACUAGAAUUUACAACUGAUUUUGCACAGUUGAUGUUAAAGAAAUGUAAAAUUGAUGAGUUUGACAAUGCCUGGGCUGCUAUGGUGAAACAGUACAAGUUGAAGAACAAUAACUGGGUGUUGGAUAUUCAUCUCAAGCGUGAUAAUUGGGCUGAGGCAUAUCUCCGUGGUCACAUGUUUGCUGGAAUGAGGAGCACUCAACGUGUCGAGGGUAUGAAUGCAUAUUUCAAUAUAUUCCUAAACCAAAAGGUUAGGUUGUACGAAUUUGUAGCGCAAUAUGAUAGGGCUCUUGCUAGAAUGCGUGUUAAUGAGGCAGAAACAGAAUCUAAAAUAGAGAAUAGUUUCCCGAUUUUGACUAUGCCAUUGAGAAGUUUGGAGAAAUAUGCAGCUGAACUCUUUGCACGGAAGAUUUUCUCAUUGUUUCGACAUGAAAUCAGGAAAGAGGUUAAAUUGUUUGUGAUGGAAAGAGUUCAGCUGGAGGAUCAUCGCACCUAUCGUUUUGGUGAGUACAAGGCACCAACAUGCACGUGGACAGUUGAGUAUUUUCCAGUUGAUAUAAAAAUGAAAUGUUGUUGCUUGAAGUUUGAGUCAUUUGGCAUCCUUUGCUGCCACAUGAUUGCUGUUAUGAAAUCUAAACAAUUAAUGUGUAUUCCACCGAGUUGUGUCUUGCAAAGAUGGACAAGACGUGGUAGGUCAAAGUGUCAACAACCAAGUCUUACCCAAAUUUGUAGCACCCUAACAUAG